AUAAGCAAAAAGCAAAAAAUUGAUUCGAAUGUGAUCGAUAGUUCAAACCACGCACCAGAAAGCGAAACCAUAGGUGAUAAUGAAGAUGCUAAAAUAACCGAAAAGCAAAAAAUUAAUAAUUCAAACGUGAUCGAUGGAUUAAACCAUGUACCAGAAAUUGAAACUAUAAACGAUCUUGAAGAUAAGAUUAAUUACGAUUUUGAAGCAUUAGAUAUUUCGGAAUCAACCAAAAAAGCUAUCAAAGAGAAGGGUUUUACUCGUAUGACAGAAAUUCAAGCUAAAGCAAUUCCAUCUUUAAUGGCUGGUCGUGAUGUGUUGGGAGCCGCCAAAACCGGAUCUGCCAUAGAACUUCUUUAUAAGCUAAAGUUCAAGCCAAGGAAUGGAACUGGAGUAAUUGUAAUUUCUCCUACAAGAGAAUUAGCUUUACAGAUUUUCGGGGUUGCAAAGGAUCUAUUACAGUAUCAUAAUCAAACAUUUGGUAUUGUAAUGGGAGGUGCUAAUCGAAAUGCAGAAGUUCAAAAACUAGAGAAAGGAGUAAAUUUACUGAUUGCUACACCAGGGAGAUUGUUAGAUCAUCUUCAGAAUACUAAAGGAUUUGUGUACAGAAAUCUCAAAACUCUCAUCAUAGAUGAAGCUGAUCGUAUAUUAGAAAUUGGAUUUGAAAAUGAAAUGAGACAGAUUAUAAAGAUUCUUCCAAAAGAAAAUCGUCAAUCAAUACUUUUUUCUGCUACACAAACAACAAAAGUCGAAGAUCUAGCACGAAUAUCCUUAAGGCCGGGACCAUUAUAUAUAAACGUUGACAAAGAAAAGGAAACAUCUACUGUAGAUACUCUUGACCAAGGUUAUAUCGUUUGUGAUAGCGACAAGCGAUUCUUAUUACUGUUUACAAUUCUUAAGCGCAAUAUCAAAAAGAAAAUCAUUGUGUUCUUCUCUAGUUGCAAAUCUGUUAAAUAUCAUGCAGAAUUGUUAAAUUAUAUUGAUGUGCCAGUUUUGGAUUUGCAUGGCAAACAAAAACAAACGAAACGGACAAAUGUCUUUUUUGAAUUUACAAACGCUGAUCACGGUAUCCUCCUUUGCACCGAUGUCGCUGCUAGAGGAUUGGAUAUACCUGCUGUUGACUAUAUCAUUCAGUAUGAUCCACCAGAUGAUCCACGUGAUUAUAUACAUCGAGUUGGAAGGACAGCUCGUGCUGGUGGUAAAGGCAAGAGCUUACUGUUUUUAUUACCGUGUGAGCUUGGAUUUUUGCGGUAUCUUAAACAUGCCAAAGUUCCAUUAAAUGAAUUUCAAUUUCAAGACAAUAAAGUAUUUAAUGUUCAAUCUCAGUUAGAAAAACUUAUCGAAAAGAACUAUUAUCUGCAUCAAUCUGCACGCGAUGGGUUCCGAUCUUAUUUGACCGCUUACGCUUCUUAUUCACUUAAAUCAAUUUUUAAUAUAAAUAAAUUGGACCUUCAAAAGGUCGGAAAAGCAUUUGGGUUUAAAAUACCACCCAGAGUGAAUAUUAACAUUGGUGCUAAUCCAAAGGAAUCUAAAAAACGACGUAGUGGAGCCAGUAAUGGGUACAAUAAAAGCUUGGAUGGUAAAACGCAUUUUGCAAAGCAAAGAAAUAGCCCACUGAAAAAAAAUGGUGAUACACAAUGGAUGAUGUAA